ACUGGUACGAAAUGUCUCCUCACUCCCCUCCCCACACGGUGCCUUGUUCUGCCAAACUCUCUCUCCCCAGAUGCGAAGUUCUGCUCUGGGUCCGUGAUCUGCUGUGAGGAGUCCUGCUUUGACUUUAAGGCUCAUGGAGGAUCUUCUGUUCCUAGGACAGCAGGUACUGAACUUUUUCUUCCACGCUAUAAAACCCUUGAAGAUACAAAGGUGCGGUUUGUGCACUGAGACUGUGCUUUCCUUCUGCUCCGCCUCUGAAAAGUCAGGGAAGGGAAUGGAGCCAAGUGGUUCAGUGCAGUUUCUGAGUGUGGAGAAGGUGCUUUGUUGUCUUCUCUUUGGCCAGAGGAGGCCAAGUCGGUCACUGUUUCAGUCCCUUGUAGGCAGUGAUUUUACAGGUCAGUCAGCAAUGGCUGCAGCAGAAAUUCCCAGUUACAUUGUCUCUUCUCAGACUGAGAAACACAGGAGGGCCAGGAACUGGACUGAUGCAGAAAUGAGAGGUUUAAUGCUGGUUUGGGAAGAAUUUUUUGAUGAGCUGAAACAAACUAAAAGGAAUGCCAAAGUUUAUGAGAAAAUGGCUAACAAACUCUUUGAAAUGACUGGAGAAAUUCGCCACGGAGAGGAAAUAAAGAUAAAAAUUACAAAUAUGACAUUCCAGUACAGGAAAUUAAAAUGCAUGACUGAUAGUGAAACUGUUGCACCUGACUGGCCUUACUACAAAACCAUUGAUAGGAUCUUAUCCAAAGUGACAGACCACAGCGAUGUGAAAAUGCAUGAAAAUCAACAACCAGGUCCUUCUACAUCACAGACAGAGGCUUCUCAGUCUCCAUCAGCUAAGUCUACACCGCUGUAUUUGCCAUAUAACCAGUUUACAUAUGAAGGAAGGGAAGAAUGCUUUGAAGAUGAACAUUCAGAAAGCUCAUCAAGCUUACUUUCUUACAAGCUGAGAGCUGAAGAGAGACCAGUUAAGAAAAGAAAAAUGCAAAACUGCAGCUUCCAAAAGAAGAAGCUAAAAUUAAUGGAAGCUAUGUUGGAAGAACAGAAGAAGUUGAGUAGAGCUAUGGAAGAAACCUGCAGAGAAGUACGCAGGAUCCUGGAUCAGCAAAACAUCAUUCAAGUUCAAAGCUUACAGUUACAGGAGAGAAUGAUGAAUCUACUGGAGAAAAUGAUCUCCAAAUCUAAUGUGUAGUUUCCUUUGUGAAUGCCUCUGAGAUUACUAUUGCUACUAUAGAUAACCCUUUAUUGCACACCAUAUGUGUGUCUGUUGCUCUAUUCCCAGGUUUUCCAUGGAAAUUAAAACCCUAGUGUAAUCUUAGUUAAGCAAAAGAAGAGAUAAUGCAGGGCAAGAGCUAUCCAGUAUGAUAAAAUUAGUGCAAUAUAUGCCUAAGUUGAAUUAUUUUUAUACAGAAAGGUUAAGGGAUGAAUAGCUCGGGGAACUGAAGUACUGUUUAUGCCUAGGUCAGGUAUUGUUUUGCAAACAGUGGUGUUGUAUAUUGCUUCACAUCAAGGACUACAGCUUGAUCUGUUUUCAGAGAAUGAAACAGUGCAUUUCUAAACAUGGUAAUUGCACCUUGACUUUGCUGAUGAUUAAACCCUGUUUUGAAACAUAUGCCUGAUUGUAUAAGUGACCUAUGGUUUUUGUGAAGAGCUAGUUGGGACCGUGAGGUACAUCCUUUUAAACUCCAUGCCUGAUAUGAAUAGUACUCUAAAGUAUUAGGGUAAAAAUAAUCUAUUCAAAUACAUUUUUUGAUAUAAAAAGAAACCCCCCCCCAACCACCUUACUAUAUACUGAAUACUAAAAUGUAUAGAAGAUACUUGAAGUUGCUUUUGAUAUUAAACGUUUAAUUUUUUUCAUUAUUAACUGGAAUCUGUUGACUUAACCAGCAAUGAAAACUCGCAUUUAUUCUCUAUCACAAAAGAAAAAAUAUUGUACUGUGUGUAUAUACAUAUAUAAUGUCUAUCAAAUGAAAUAAAAAAAAAAAGAA